CAAUUAGUGGCUCAAAACACUAGUGACAUGUAUGGCAUGCCAAACACAGCCUUAUUAAUCACUCGAAAAUAAAAUACUUAAAAAAAGAAAACAAAAUACUACUAGCAAUUCAAAGCUUCGCUCCAAUCCAGACCAUGAGUUGUAUCGAAAAAUCUUGACCAUUUCUCCUGCCCCUUCAUAAAAAUAAUAUACUCCCCUGAUCAAUCGUUUUGUUGAAAGUUCCCAUUUUUAUUAUUUUUCAAGAAUACGCGAAAGUCACUCCCACUGUUCUUGAAGAAAUCUAAUCAACAAAUUUCAGAGUCAGCAGCAGCUUUCUUCAUUGAUCUUCUUGAUAAAAAUUCAUUCUUUUUCGUGGGUUUUUUCUGGCAUCGAGAUCUUCACUUUCUGCAGAGGCUCAUCAGUUUCAACCCAUCAAAAUUCUGUGGAGCUGAUGCCUUUUUCUCUUGAGAUAGAAGAGGUUGAAUUUUAGCCGUUUGUGUGUAAAUGGAUUUAUGGGUUGUUGCAGCAGCUGCUGGAGUUGGAUGCAUAGCGAAGAACUUGCCGAAUUUCUCAGCCGACAAGAAAGAAAGUCCACGUGGACCUUCUCUCAAAUAUGUUCAGACAGAAUCAAGAAAUUUAUUGCAGCAAUUGAGAGAUAAGACAUGCCCAUUGCGUAGAUUAGCCCAGCAAAGAGGCCAAGAUGAUUCACUUUUUGAUUUGGAAAAUCAUUCAGAUGUUAAUGGUGACUAUCAUCCAGAGAAAAGUGGGAUUCUUGAGGAUUAUAAUCUGUCAGCAGGAGUUGUUGGUUUAGGAGAAAAUCAGCAGCUAGAAGGUCAAAACAUGAAAUUGGGGAAGGCCAAAUUGGCAAGAAACAGAAGAUGUCGGAUUAGGCCAUUGUUAACCUCUUUAGGGGCUUGUGUGGAUAAUAUGGAACAGCACAGUUCAUGUCUGCAUCCCCCACCCAUGCCUCCAGUCAGACCAGUGUUGGUUACUGAUGCAAUGUGGGGCAAAAACUCGUGUCCUAGCCAGUCCGAUGCCUGUCUGGAUGAAACGGGAAGGGAGAUCAAGGCGUCACCUUCUCCCUUUAAACAGUUUGAGGAGCUCAAGAAGCCGAGCAAGGGCUCUAGCAGAUCAUCGCAUUCACAAGGAGCUGAGGCGUUGCUUCUUUUCAUUACUGGGAUGACUGUUGGGAUAGUGGGUGCAACCACUUCUUGGAAGAAUGAGGUAGAUGGGUUGGGCAGGAAGCUAAAGCAGAUGCAUGGUUUGGUACAAGACUUGCAGGAAGAGCUCGACCUGAACGAAAUGGUGACGGUGAAGGAACUAGACAGCGAGGGCAAUCUACCUCCCGGAGAAGUAGAAGAUUCGCCUCUCUCGACUGUAGAGCCGGUCCCGUCUCCUUCCCUUGUAAAUGCCAGUGGGACGAAAGCAAGUGAUGAUAACAAGGCAGAGAACCUAGAGCUGUUGAGCAGAAUUGAGGCAGAGCUUCAAGCAGAACUGGAGGUGCUGGAACUGAACAUGAAUGUAUCUGAUCAAGAUGGAAUAUCUAGUGUUGUUGAGCACGAUCCAGAUUUCGAACCAGAAAUCGUUCGAGCCGAGCUGAUGCCAGCAAUGGUGGACGAUGCAACAGAAUCAGAAAGCAGAACAACAGAUACGACAGCAGAUUGCUCCAAACCUGCAAAUUACUCUGUUUCUCCAUGGGAGCUGAGCUUGCGGCUCCAUGAGCUGAUAGAGUCGAGGCUUGAGACGCGCAUCAAGGACCUAGAGAUUGCGCUUGCCCAGAGCCAAAACAGAGUUAGAAUACAGCACAGUAUCGUCUCCGGGAGGAGAUAUUCUUACAGCGAAACAGAGUCCUCAUCUGCUCACCAUAGUCCUACCUGCAUAUGUGAUGAACACGCCAUGAGAGAAGACGAACCAUCAGAGAACGACGGGGAAUCUGGCAGCAAGAGCAUUGACCAGGGACGUCGCUCUGCCAACGGAAUACAGAAUGGGAACUGUGACUCCAUGAAAGAUAUGCCCCAGAUUUGGGAUAAUAAGCAAACAUUUAUGAGCCUCCACACUAAUGAGGAUUCCAUGAGUGAAGAUGAAGGCAGUGAUGAGUCAGAGAUGCUACUAAUAAAGCAGAUACUAGAGAGAAGGAAAUCAGGCUCUGGUUUUAAUUUUAAAUUUUGAUUGUAUAUAUGUACAUUUCAGCUGCAAACUGGUACCAUAAAUAUUGAGUGUAUAUAUAUAGCUUACUUGUACAGGUGAAAGCAAUGAGGUCAAAAAAUAAAGAUGUGUUUUUUUUGCCAAA